AGAUAGACGUGCACAUGUUGGCUUGUGUUAUAUCAGGCCACAGUGAGAGACUCGAUGCACUAAAUUCAGCUGCUAUAAUAGGUUCCCGCUAAGCGGUACCAUCGGCCCGGGCCUUCAUAUUCUUCCUCCCGACGAUCAUGGCUCCUCGUCUCUGCGCACUCUGUGACAAUGCCCGGGCAAUCCUCAAGCGUCCAAAGACUGGACAACAGAUCUGCAAAGAGUGUUUCUUCUAUGUGUUCGAAACAGAAGUACACAAUACCAUUACACAGGCUGGUCUCUUUCAUCCAGGAGACCGUAUAGCUAUUGGUGCUUCUGGUGGUAAAGAUUCCACCGUCCUAGCUCAUGUUAUGAAAACUCUAAAUGACCGGUAUGACUGUGGGCUUGAGCUGUUCCUCUUGUCUAUCGAUGAAGGCAUAACGGGAUACCGAGAUGACUCCCUAGAGACUGUAAAACGAAAUCAACAGCAAUAUGAUAUGCCUCUCAAAAUUCUAUCGUACGAUGAACUCUACGGAUGGACAAUGGACCGCAUCGUCUCACAAAUUGGGAAGAAGAAUAACUGUACAUUUUGUGGUGUAUUCAGACGGCAAGCACUAGACAGGGGAGCUUCGAUGCUACAUGUCGAUCAUAUCGUCACUGGUCAUAACGCAGAUGACAUUGCUGAGACCGUCUUAAUGAAUAUCAUGCGAGGCGACAUCGCUCGUCUAGGGCGAUGCACACUCAUCUGCACUCAAGGGGAGGAUACUAUCAAGCGAUCCAAACCCUUUAAAUACGCAUACGAGAAAGAAAUCGUGAUGUACGCAUAUUUCAAGAAACUCGAUUACUUCUCUACCGAAUGCAUUUAUUCUCCUGAUGCCUAUCGCGGCCAUGCGAGAGUGUUUCUGAAGGAUCUAGAAGCUGCUCGACCAAGUGCUAUCAUCGAUAUCAUUCACUCAGGAGAGGCAUUUGAGGUGAAGAAUGAGGUGAAAGCAACACAGAAGGCGCAGCAAACUUGCAAGAGAUGUGGUUAUAUGUCAAGUAACGAGUUAUGCAAGGCUUGCACUUUGCUUGAGGGUCUGGAGCGCGGAAUGGCGAACGCCGGAAUCACUGAUCGUGCUCGCAAGAAGCUCGACGCUGAAGGACCGGCGCCAGAAAACCUUCGGACGAUACCCAUGUUUCAUUUACCCAGCAGCAGUAGUACUGGCCCUUCCACCCCAAUUUCGCUAGAGGCGCCCGCGUGACAUUGUUAUAACCGUCUGAAUGUUUUUCUCGCUCAUAAGACGUAGAUGUCCAUAUAUCAGGUCGCCAGUGUUCCAAGAAGUGUAUCGAUAGUGAUUAUGUAUAAUAUCUAAGUGUAAGCAUUAUGUACCAUUUCAGAUGUCCUCUGGGUGUGCAGAAAACAAAGAAAAGCAUGGAGC